AGAGCGUGGCUCUGCGCCCUCGGGAAGGAGGAAAUAGGACUGCCCAGCCGUUACUGGUCCGCGCCGCAGCGUACGCAACCUCCGCGUCCUUCCAAUGUCUCUGGAGAGGCAAUUUGGUUACUUAUGGACCUUAGUUCUGUAUCUGAUAACCACUGAAUCCUUCAAAGUUCCAUCUAUCACUGAUCCACACUUUAUAGACGAGUGCAUCAGAGCCCACAACGAAUGUCGUGGCAGAGUCAGUCCCCCGGCAUCCAACAUGAAAUACAUGAUUUGGGAUGAUGCUUUGGCAAGGUUGGCUAAAGGAUGGGCAAAUACAUGUCAAUUUAAGCAUAACGAUUGUGUAAAACUACCAUUUGAAUGCAUGGAAGAGUAUCAAUUUCUUGGAGAAAAUAUCUGGUUAGGUGCUUUACAAAUAUUUUCACCAACAGAUGCAAUUGUUGCUUGGUAUAAUGAAACAGAAUUUUUUGAUUAUGAUACUUUAUCAUGUACUGACGCUUGUGGCCAUUACACACAGGUAGUUUGGGCCAAUUCAUUUAAAGUUGGUUGUGCAGCUAAAAUUUGCCCUAACCUUGGGGAAGAUUCACCUACAAUAUUUAUGUGUAACUAUGCACCUACGGGGAAUUAUCGAGGUCAACACCCCUACAAAAAAGGACCACCCUGUUCUGAGUGUGAACAAAGUGAGAAAUGCGUAAAGAAUCUCUGCAAAGUUCCACAAAUCAGUAUGCCUGAAGUUAUCACUACCCAUACUCAUGAUAUACACGAACAGCCGGAAUUAGCAAGAGCACCCCAGGUGACAGCGUGGAAGCUUCUGAGCCUCACUGUGCUUCUGCAGAAAAUCUUCUAAUAUAACAAUAAAGUACCAACUUAUGA